AUCUUAUUUCCGGUUCACAUGUUUCUGACACGAAUCGAAAAAUCCCAUCGGAUUUUCUACGAUAUCUCAUUGUAAGACUUACGAACAAUGGUAAAAGAGUAUCGCCCUUGUUAAGAAAGGUGAAUUUUCAACAAAAAAGUAACGAUUGGCCUAAACACACCGGUAGGCCUUCACAAAAUCAUUUCAAUCAUAGUAAGAUAGCGUAUGACAAAUAGGUCUAGAGAUUACUGAAGUCAACGACACUCGCUGGUUCUAAAUAACUGUAGCGAGGUCGACAGAUAAGACAAGGCAUUCCAGAGUUGUAGAUCUAGUAUAUAGACCUACAAUGGCUUCGAAUGAUGGAGAAACAAGUGCUGAUAGAAAUGUUGAGAUAUGGAAGAUAAAAAAGUUGAUCAAAAGUUUAGAGGCAGCUCGAGGCAAUGGCACUAGUAUGAUUUCACUAAUCAUACCACCUAAAGAUCAGAUUCCAAGAGUAGCAAAAAUGUUAGCAGAUGAAUAUGGAACAGCUUCCAAUAUUAAAAGUCGAGUAAACAGAUUGUCAGUAUUAGGUGCAAUUACAUCUGUACAACAAAGACUGAAGCUAUACAACAAAGUUCCACCCAAUGGUCUUGUGAUCUAUUGUGGCACCAUUGUAACAGAUGAAGGCAAGGAAAAGAAAGUGAACAUAGACUUUGAACCAUUUAGACCAAUCAACACAUCCCUCUAUCUUUGUGAUAACAAAUUUCACACUGAGGCCCUUACUGCACUGCUGGCUGAUGACAAUAAGUUUGGCUUCAUCGUGAUGGAUGGAAAUGGUGCCUUAUUUGGCACUCUGUCUGGAAAUACUAGAGAUGUCUUGCACAAAUUCACAGUAGAUCUGCCCAAAAAGCACGGUCGUGGUGGUCAGUCCGCUUUGCGUUUUGCCAGGUUACGUAUGGAAAAACGACAUAACUAUGUACGAAAGGUAGCAGAAACAUCUGUAACAUUGUUCAUUACAAACGAUAAACCCAACGUGUGUGGCCUGGUAUUGGCUGGAUCUGCGGACUUCAAAACGGAACUGGGCCAGUCUGACAUGUUUGACCCACGUUUACAAGCAAAGAUACUGAAGAUAGUUGAUGUGUCGUACGGAGGAGAAAAUGGAUUCAACCAAGCGAUAGAGCUGGCAGCAGAAUCAUUAGCAAAUGUCAAGUUUAUUCAAGAAAAGAAACUUAUAGGAAAAUAUUUUGAUGAGAUCUCACAAGACACACAAAAAUAUUGUUUUGGAGUAGAAGACACUUUGAAAGCUUUGGAGAUGGGUGCUGUUGAGAUCCUCAUCGUAUGGGAGAACUUAGAUAUUACACGAUACCGUCUGAAGAAUCAUGCAGGAGCAGAUGGUGGUGAGGAAAAAGUACUGAAUCUGAAGCCAGAGCAAGAGAAAGACAAAACACAAUUUGUAGAUAAACAGACUGGGGUUGAGCUGGAGUUGAUAGAGAGUUUGCCCCUCCUGGAAUGGAUGGCCAACCACUAUAAGCAGUUUGGGGCAACCCUUGAGAUCAUCACAGACAGAUCACAAGAGGGCUCUCAGUUUGUCAGAGGUUUUGGUGGCAUUGGAGGUAUUCUCCGUUACCAGGUGGAUUUCCAAAGUAUGGAACAGAAUGACUGGGAUGAAGACUGGGAUCCUGAUGAAUACUAGAUAUGUGUUGUUACUGAGGAAUCCCUCCUAUGAUGUCAUUAACAAUUGAUUGUGAAUAAAUAAAUGUUGCUGAUGAGACAUGAAUCUUCAGUUUUUGACGUUUCAAGAUGGACUCUGUUGCAGUUAAGCAAUGUCAUGUUCACCUUUGAAUGAAAUAUUACUCUUCAGCACUCUCCUAUGUUGAAAUCUCUUGAGGUGCAGCACCUCCAUGUAUUGUAUGCUCCUUCAUGAAUUCAAUGUGCGUCCUGAAAUGUUGAAAUAGAAAAUCUUGAAAUGUUUGUUUGAACCAUUGUCCAACCAUAUUCUUCAAUGGUUGUAUAUGAUGUGACCUUACAUAAGCAAAAAAUUAAAACAUUUUUUUAUAAUUAUUAAAGUUUUUAAGGCAUUGAACACUUUUAUUUGAUGUAUUAUUCUUGUACAUGUCCUACAUUUUAUAAUAGAUAAUUUAAAAAUGAUUGUUGGGCAAACAAGCCAGUUGCUAAGUUUUUCGAAAAAUCCAAAUUUUGUAUAAAUUGGCUACGAUAUUUUAUUCAUGGGUAAACUCCCUUUAUGACUACGUAGCAUGGCCAUCAAAGGCGCAAUGUUUUCUUAUUUCAACCAUCUUGGUUGACAUAUUAAAAGAAAAUUUCUUUUGUAUAUAUCAAGUCAGGAAAUUGGAUCAUUUAUUAUAUCACAGAUUAUUUUUAGAAAAUGUGAACGAAUUUGAUUUGGGAUACAGUUCUUUUAUGUACUUGUGUCAUGGAACCGAAUGAAAAACAUCCUGUUAAUGUAUUUAUAUAUAUGAUGUUAUACAAUAGAAUAACACAUUCAAAAUACAAUAAGUCAUUUUAAUUUUUUGUCAUUUUAAUUAACAUUUUGUUAUUUGAACCUUACUUAAUGAGAGAAAAUCUCAAUUAAAUACCUCCAUUACUGUAUUGUCUUUGAUUCAUGGAUCUUCUAUGAGGAUGAACUUUCUGUAUGACUAUGAAAUAUAAAAUAGAAUGAUGGAAGAUA